UGCACCUUGUAUAGCGAGAGCCGUCCCUGCGGUGGCACGCGUAUAGGAUUUGAUAGAUACUGCUGGCAAAUACAAUAGGUUGAAGAGAAUGAAAAUACGAAGCCGUGGAUAUCACCUACACGUUCCUCGCGAGCUUGCCGAGGCGAGAGAGAUAUACAACGCCUGUCGCGCGGCGAGCUUUAUAACAAACGCCCCGAAUCGAAUCGCAGCGUUACAGCUGGAGCACCAACGCAAGUAUAGUGGUUGAUCGCUCCCUCCGACGGCCCACGGGAACGAGUCAUCGUUGGCCUUUCAGGGCCCCAAAACAUCGCGUCCAUACGUGACCGAAGACAAAACCACACAGUGGCUUGUUGAGAAGACAUCAAGAUGACAAACGCCGUGUUGGCAUCACGGGGCUUCCGCCUGCCUGUCCUGGUCGCGACAGUCCUGUUGCUGGCGUUGGCCGCCUCCGAAGAACAGCGAGGGUCGCAGGACAAGAAAAAGUUCGACUAUUGCAUCAUCGGGGCAGGGCCGGCUGGCCUACAGAUGGCCUACUACCUGAAGAAGGCCGGCAGGGACUACAGGGUCUUCGAGAAGAGCAACAUGACAGGUUACUUCUUCGGCACGUACCCGAAGCACCGUAAGCUCAUCAGCAUCAACAAGCUCCACACAGGUCAGCAGAACCCGGAGUACAACCUCAGGCACGACUGGAACUCUCUGCUCAGCGACGACCCGUCGCUGCUCUUCAAGCACUUCUCGAGGGACUACUUCCCGCACGCGGACGCCAUGGUCAAGUACCUCGACGAGUACCGGCGCAAGCUAGGCCUCGCCGUCCAGUUCGACAGCGAGGCGCGAAACAUUCGCCGGCUGCCCAGGGAGACGCCGACGGGCCACCGGUUCCAGUUCGAGGACCAGCGCGGGGACACGUACUCGUGCAAGUUCAUGCUCAUGGCCAACGGCAUGUCCAAGCCGAACGAGCCGUACUUCGAGGGCCACGAGAUGACCGUGGGCUACGAGGAAGUGUCCACGGACGUGGCCGACUUCGAGGCCAAGACGGUGCUCAUCCUGGGCCGCGGCAACUCGGCCUUCGAGACGGCGAACCACGUGGCCGGCGUGGCGAACUACGUCCACCUGCUGGCCAGCUCGCCCCCGCGCUUCGCCUGGAGCACGCACUACGUGGGAGACCUGAGGGCCGUGAACAACGAGCUGCUGGACCACUACCAGCUCAAGUCGCUGGACGGCCUGCUCGAGGCCAACCUGAACAUCCUGCAGCUGGUGCGCACGAAGUCCGGCAAGAUGGCGCUGCAGCUACGCAACGACAGCGCCUUCAACUACGCGCCGCCCGAAGACGAGUACGACGUGGUCGUCCGCUGCCUGGGCUUCGUGUACAACGACGACAUGUUCUCGCCGUGCACGAAGCCUGAACGGGCCACGGGACGGAAGGCCAAGUUCCCUCUCGCCAACCGCGACUUCGAGUCCGCCAACGUACCGGACCUGUACUUCGUCGGCUCUGCGGCCCACUCCCUGGACUUCAGGGAGACCGCCGGGGGAUUCGUCCACGGCUUCCGAUACACGUCGCGCGCCCUCCACCGGCUGCUGGAGUGGAAGAACCACGGCGUGCCCUGGCCCAGCGAGCGGCGACCCCUGGCGCAGCUCACGGACGCCAUAUUGACGCGCGUCAACGAGGCCUCGGGCAUCUACCAGAUGCACCACUUCCUCGGCGACGUCGUCAUCGUCGACCGGAACAAACUGGAGUUCGAGUACCUGCAGGAGUUCCCGCUGCCGCUACUGCCGCAGUUCGAAGAGAAGACGGGCCGCAAGGUGGAGGGAAAGGAGGUGAUCGUGGUGGCGCUUCGAUACAACCCGGACUUCUCGGGACCCCGGCUGGACACCUUCCACUCGCAGCGAUCGACCGACGACGUGGAGAAGGCGCACCUGUCCAACUUCCUGCACCCGGUCAUCUACUACUACAGCCGCCUCGCCCAGACACCCGCGGGUGAACGUGUAGAAGAGGUCGAGAACCGCCACGGCAACCCGAGCGUUCCGGUACCCGACAAGAUUCACCACAUGCUCGAAGACUUCCUGACGCGCUGGACAUCACCGCACCUGCACGUCGAGCCGCUGCGAAGGUUCCUGGAGUCGUGCCUGGGUGUAGACCUGCGUCGCUACCGAAGUACAGAGUGCUUCGCCAAGCUCCUGGACGGGGCGGCGGCGGACGUGACGUCACCGCUGCCGCUGAGUUGCGUGCAGCGGCCCGAGUUCGAGACCGGCAGCCACUUCCUGCACUCCGAGCAUGGCGACACAUUUGCAAGGAACUAGGUCGACCAUGGCUUGCCGCCGACCACUAUGGAAAGCCGAUGAGAGCAGCUCUGUGUACAUAAUAACGCUCUGCCCACCGUCCCAGUCCCCUAACCUCGGGCCCAGCAAGCUAUAGUUUCAUAUUCCCAUGCUCGUGCUUGUGGAGUUGACAUCGCUGGACAUGGGCCGAAAAAAAAAAGGAAGUGCGAUGAGAGGUGGGGAUGCAGGGAUACUGCUAUUUAAAUUCGCUCAUUAACGUGCCCACCAGAUACAUGUGAUGUAAAUCAGUAUAGAUAUAUGUAUCACGUGAACAAGUUGUUUCUCUGUAUAAAGAAUUGUUGUGAUGCCGUAUUUGUGUGCAAUAUUUCGC